AUGGCGAGGUCUGGUGGCCGGUGGGUCUGGGUCGUUGCGGCGGCGAUAGUGGUGCUGCUGCUGACCACGGUGUCAUCAGCAUCAGCAGCAGCAGGUGUCGAUUCAGCAACGACGGCACCGGCCAAGGUGUGGCGGCUCCCUCCAAGAUUCCCUACAGAGCCCUUCCCGGUGCCAAAGCCCCCUUCUUCGUCGUCGUGGAAGGCGGUGAAAUCAUCUCUUCCUCCUCGCCACCGCCUCCCCACGGAGCCGCCGUCGGGAAAGCGUACAAAACACAUGUAA